AUGGUUAUUAGUGUUAAAGCGUUUAUGUUAUGUAUAGUUGUAUGCCUCGAAUUAUGUGCUAAUGUGUUUUUCUUUUGUUUCAGGCGCUCCAGCGCAGGGCUUCUCGCCCCGCAGCUUACGUGUCAGAGUUCGCCAGGCCCAGCGGCAACAGCACCUCCCCUCCCUCCGCCGGCUUCUCCUCCCCGCAUUGUAUCCGCACCCCCACUGCAGCCGCCACCCGAUCCCGUUCCUCAACCGGCCCAGGAAGACGGUGUAAGAUUACGUCGAGCUCACACGGUUGCAGUACGGGAUUAUCUUAAGCGCGAAACACAAACGUUCUUUGGUGUUCAGCGGGACAAUGAGACUGAACAGAGGCGAUUGUGGUAUGAGAGAAGAAGACGACACGCAGCGCGUGCGCUCGGUGACUUCAGGCUCGACUUACCACCCGAUCACCAUCCCGAUGUCGACGAUAUUAGUAUGUAUGGAGCGUCCGGAGCGGCACCGAGAGAGGCGCGGGGGCAAACGCGAGAGCGGCCCGAUGUCCUCCCUGCGCCGGCGCCGCUCCAGCCUCCCUCACCUGUGCCCACUCGUCUCGGGAAAGACAGCGUGGCGAGGCUCACCCUCACCGGAAUCUCUUAUGUUGUUACUGCGGUUACAAGACGCUCACGUCAGUCGACAUCGGCGCAGUGGUCUCGUUCAUUUCGAGGCUCAGCGACCAGUCCGCACGAUGACGUCGACGUCGAUGAUGUGUUCUUUACUCCUCAAGCACUGACGUCACCGUUGAACCAGCAUCAUCAUGACGAAGACGCUGUUGAUGGAACGAAAGGUGCCCGCUCUCCAAUCCGGUCUUCAAGUGUCGAGUACAGGAGGCCGGAGAGGACCGUUCAGUGGGGUGCGGGUGGCGUCCGCAUCCACACACCGAUGCUCGAACCUUUGGCAGACAAUUCAAAUCGAAGGCAGUUCGGAAUGGGCGUCGUUGGUAGAUUUUUCCGUCGAUCUCUUCGCAAAUCUGUGACGCGUCAAGAAGAAGUUGCCCAGCAGUUAGAUGAACUAACAGACUACAGGCCAUAUUUCACGUGGUGGGUGAGCACGGUACAGACACUCGUGUUGCUCCUUUCACUCUUGUGCUACGGAUUUGGACCAGUCGGCUUUGGAAGGCACACACAUUCAGGACAAGUUUUAGUCAAGAGCCUUAGUUUACAACAGGUUGAAUGGGAAGAACCAGCUUCAUUUUGGCUCGGGCCAAGAGCGGCAGACCUUAUACAUUUAGGAGCUAAAUUCGCACCAUGUAUGCGAAGGGAUGCGAGAAUUGCGCGGGCAAUAGCAGCUUCAGCAAGACGAGAGCGAGAUACAGCGUGUUGCAUACGAAAUGAUGACUCAGGAUGCGUGCAAUCUUCCAAGGCCGAUUGUUCGAUUAGAGGAUUAGUAUCAAAGAAUACGAUAUCAACAUGGAAAAAGUGGUCGUCAGGUGAAUCAGGACCUGGUGGACGAAUAUCGGGUUCAGUUUGUGGAUUAGAUCCAAAGUUUUGUGAAGCGCCGCGCUCAAUAGCUCCCCACGAAUGGCCAGAUGAUAUAACAAAAUGGCCGAUUUGUCGCAAGUCUGUCUUAGACGGUUCAGCGGCUGCUGGUCGGGCUGGUCACGCUGCAGAACAUAUGGCAUGCGAAGUCAUCGGGCAUCCUUGUUGUAUAGGUGUACAUGGACAGUGUGUCAUUACCACGAGAGAACACUGUGAUUUUGUUAAGGGUUACUUCCAUGAAGAAGCUUCGUUAUGUUCACAAGUGUCUUGUUUGGAUGAUGUCUGCGGUAUGUUACCUUUUAUGCGGAGACGUCGUCCUGACCAGCUGUACAGAGCGUGGACGUCACUCUUUGUGCACGCUGGCUUAUUACAUUUGGCUGCCACGCUAGCACUUCAGUGGCUUUUUAUGAGAGACUUGGAGAAGAUGGCAGGUCCAGUUAGAAUAGCGGUUAUCUAUUUGGGUAGUGGAGUCGCUGGUAAUAUGGCAUCAGCUAUAUUCGAGCCGUAUAGAGCAGAGGUUGGUCCAGCGGGCUCACAUUUUGGUCUACUUGCGUGUUUAAUAGUUGAAGUCAUCGGCGCGUGGCCCCUUCUAAAACAUCCUCGACGCGCUCUACUUAAGCUCGUGGGAAUUGCGAUAGCUCUCUUUCUCUUGGGGCUCUUACCCUGGAUUGACAAUUUUGCCCACGUGUUCGGUUUCGUAUUUGGUUUUCUACUCUCAUACGCACUGCUGCCUUUCAUAACUUUCGGCCCCUAUGAGAGACGCAGGAAGAUAGUUCUUGUGUGGGUGUGCUUAGUGUCGGCGGCGGCGAUGCUGUGUGCAUUGAUAGCGCUUUUUUACGCGGCACCGGCGUACGAGUGUGCGGCUUGCGCGUAUUUUACGUGCCUGCCAUUUGCGCCGGACAUGUGCGCGUCGCAAGACGUCCGCGUGCGGCAGCUGGACGGCGUAUGA